CAGAGAAGACGUUUCAAAUGCAGGACCGCCAUUUUUGAAAAUGAAAAUUUUCCAAAUAUACUAUUUUGGUCACAAAUUUACCUUACCCUUCAUCGUUGUCUCACUUUUCUGAAGCAAUCUGUCACUAUAUUUAAUUCUGUGUACUUCAAUCAGAGCAUAUCAAUUCAGCAUAAAGUUACAACUGAACUGGUUGUUUACUAAAUCAGCAUGCCACCUAAAAAGGCAGCUGCCAAACCAAAACAGCCUCGGGCCCCAAAAGGACACCAGUUGGCCAAGCCGUUCCCUGAGGGGGAAAUCCUCGUUGAUACCAUUUUCAAAAAACGUUGGAGGAUUGGUAAACCUGUUGGACAAGGAGGGUUUGGUGUUCUUUAUCUUGGAUUUGAAGAUGGUACCCCAGCCACUGAGCCACCCUAUGUCAUCAAAAUUGAGCCACAUUCCAAUGGCCCAUUGUUUUGUGAACUGAACUUUUAUCAGAGAGCCGCCAAACAGGAUAUGAUAGAGGAAUGGAGAAAGAGGCACAAACUGAAACAUGUUGGGGUGCCACGAUUUAUUUCAACGGGGUCACAUCAGCGAAAUGGAACCAAUUUCAGGUACCUUGUCAUGGAGCGUUUCAAUGGGGACCUACAGCAAGCAUUUGAGAAAGCAGGAAAGAGGUUCCCUAGGAAGACAGUGUGCAUGUUGGCAAUCAGAAUCUUGACUAUACUAGAAUACAUUCAUGACCAUGAGUACGUACAUGCAGAUAUUAAAGCCGCAAAUCUGCUGAUGGGCUAUGCUAAAGGCACAACAGAACAGGUGUACCUAGUUGACUAUGGCCUGGCAUACAGAUACAUACCCGAUAAACAACAUAAACAAUACAAGGAGGACCCCAAACGGUGCCAUGAUGGGACUAUAGAGUUCACCAGUAUAGAUGCACACAAGGGAGCUUAUCCUUCUAGGCGAGGGGAUAUAGAGGUCUUGGGGUAUUGUCUCUUACAAUGGCUGUGUGGACGCCUACCUUGGGAGUCCAAUCUAAACAAUAAAGAAUUUGUGAGGGACCAGAAAAUCAAAUACAUGAAGAACAUUCCUAGUUUGAUGUCAGCCUGUUUUCCUGAAGGUGAAAAACCAGAUGAAAUUCAGAAGUAUUUAGAGAUGACAACAAAGCUGGAGUAUACAGAGAAACCAGAUUACAACAAGUUAAGGUCACUAUUCACUACAGCACUAAAGAAAAUGUCAACCUCAGAUGAUGGCAAGUUUGACUUUAAAGCGGUGAAAUCUCCAAUAAAGAAAAGUCGAAAACGCAAGAGUGCAGCAGGUAACGAUGAAAUGGACUCUACUAAAAAACGGCCAACUCUAAAAUCUCCCACCAGACCUACCCCAGAAGUAAGGAAGUCAAAAUCCCCUGUAAAGAAAUCUACCCCCAGCGGGAAGGCAAAAUCCCCUGUUAAGAAAUCUAACCCUGCAAAGAAGGCAGUAUCAAAUGGAGAUGUAAAAUCCAAAAAAUCUACCCCUGUAUGGCCUGUGGGAGCAGUGAAAUCUCCUAUUAGGAGUGCAAAUAAAGCAGCUGUUCCAAAAACUAAAGUGAAAAAAGUGGGUGCUAGUGUUGCGACACAGACGUCUCCGUGGAUGAAGAAAGCAGGCAAGAAACAAACAAAAAAAGCGAAAGAAUGA